AUGAUGAUGGAGAAUGAUCUUAAAACAACAAUUCCUCUAAUUCAUGAUAAUUAUCCUAGUAUAUAUCAUAAUUUUCAUAAUAUUCAUACAAAUAAUCAAGGAAAUGGAACUCCACAACCUGAAACACCUAAUCAACAUGAUGACAUGCAACCUGCUGACUCACCUGGAUCAUCUUCUAAUGGUGGAAUUUCAUGUGAUAAAGAAAAAAAAUUAGAUGAUCGUGUAAAAAGACCUAUGAAUGCAUUUAUGGUAUGGAGUCGUGGACAAAGGAGAAAAAUGGCUCAAGAAAAUCCUAAAAUGCAUAAUAGUGAAAUAUCAAAAAGACUUGGACAGGAAUGGAAACUUUUAAAUGAAACAGAUAAAAGACCAUUUAUUGAUGAAGCUAAAAGACUUCGAGCAAUUCAUAUGAAAGAACAUCCUGAUUAUAAAUAUCGUCCACGUAGAAAAACAAAGAAUCUUGUUAAAAAAAUUGGUGGUGGUCCACAUCUUGGUCAUGGACAAUUACAAAUGUCUGCAGCAGCAGCAGCAGCUGCAGCAUCAUUUUUAGAUCCAAUAAAAGGACAAGUAUAUCCAACAAUGCAUGGAACAUGGAAUCAACCAGCUACCUCAGCAGCAAAUUAUCUCGAUCCAUAUGGAAGUUUUUAUGGAAGAAGUGCAGUUAACUCUGCUUAUGAUUCUUUAAAUGGGAUGCAAAAUUAUUUAAAUCAUGGAAAUAAUACUACUAAUAAUUAUCAACUUGCUGCUGCCGCUGCACAAUACAGCCAUUCACAUAACACCAACGGGUAUUCUGGAAAUAAUGGAUCUGCAGAACAAUUAAUGUUAAAGCAAGAUAUUGGAAAUGCUAUGGAUGGGGGAAAUUUACAAAAUCAACAAGACACAGUAAAUAGUCUUUUAACAGGUGGAACAGAUCCAAAUAUAUUUCGAGGUUUCUAUGAUCAUACAAUAAUGGGAGCUACAAAAGAUGCAGCAGCAUCAAUGGGAAUGAAUUAUUUAUCAGGACAAAAUGAUCCUAGAUUAGGUUAUUCAUCAUUGACACCAUGUCUCGAUUCUGGAGCAAUGAAUAAUAUACAAUUACAAUAA